CACCUAUACAAGCGUCUACAAGCAAAAAAGCACCUGCACAAGCGUCUACAAGCAAAAAAGCACCUGCACAAGCGUCUACAAGCAAAAAAGCACCUGCACAAGCAUCUACAAGCAAAAAAAACACUUCACCUGCAUAUGUGCCUACAGGCAAAAAAACAUCUACAUCUUCAGGCAACAAAAAAGAUUCUUCAUCCAGGGUUUAUGAUGAUUUGAAUGAUGAUCUUGAAGGCUUUAACAAUUAUGAUGCACCUUUGAGUAACA